AUGUCAACUCCAUGGGCGAAAAUUCAGCCAGUAGAAGGCCCUAUCAAUUUAUUGGAAAUUACUUCAGAACAACUUGCAAAGAAUUUAGAAGAAAAGUAAAUCAAAUAAUUUUUUACAUUUUUAUUAUGUUAUGUUUAUAGUUUGUUAGUAUAAAAAUGUAUAUUUUUACUAGAGAAUUAAAAAAGUGUCAAAUCGAAACAGUAGAAGAUACAAAUAUCGAGAAUUGUGCAAUAUGUGAAAUUAAUGAUACAGAUAAUGACGAAGUAAUUGCACAUAUGAUGCAAGAUCAGUUUAACAAAGAAUAUGAUCUAAUGCUAAAACGCACAGAGGAAAAAUUCAAUCGUGAUUCCAAAGUCAAUAUAACUUAUAUGAAUUACCGAACUUCUCUGUGUGAGGACCAAGAUGAAAAAGAUUCAGACAUUGAAGAUACAACAAGAGAUUUUGAUAGAUUUGUGAGUAUAGAGAAGGAAUAUGCUUCUAUACCACGUUGUGGAUAUAGAAAGAUGGGUGGCAAAGACUCCCAAAUUGUUACAAAACAUGAUAUGUUAAUGUCUUCAAGAAUAAAUGCUUGUAGAGUUUUACAAUUUCCACCAGGUAUUGAUACAGGAGAUACAGGAGGAUUUGAUGUCAAAUUAAAUAAUAAAGUGUUCAAUAGUUUAAGAGCUCAUAGUCAUGCUCAGUGUUCCAGACAGAAAGCAAAAACACGACCACAUACAAAAUAA